AUGGGCUGGAUACAAAAUCUCUUUAAGCGCCGUGUGGACGUGAAAUAUACUAUCACUGGAAAGAACAAUCCUUACCAAGCUCGGAAGAAAUGGCCUCCCGACUUCGAAAAGCUCCCAUUUACCCAACAAUUCAACUUUGAAAAGAGGUAUCGAAGGAGGUCGAAAUUGAAAUAUCAAAACGAGAAUUGGAUAAGAGGUGUCAAGAUAACACAGUGGACGGGAUCUGUUGGUGAGGUUUCUGCCUCUACUGUCUCCUCAAGUCAACUGAUUGUACCAGCAAUUGGAGUCUACGCAUUCUUGAUACAUGACUGGCAAACUCCAGAAGGAUUUGACGACGAGCCUCCUUUCUGGACCUUACGACACUGGAUCUUUGGCGAGUACGCCGCAAUCUGGACCACGCCGCCCGCCACCUAUUCAGCACAGUCUAGGAAAGACCAGGCGGCUACGGCAUCAGAAUGA